CGUUCUUCCAGCUAACACGAAUUUAGUAGAAGCUUCUGACGCAAACGGUUGGCACCUAAAAGUGGUGCUUAAACUGGUUGCUCGGGGACAAUUUACCAUUUGUAUUUUAUUCUUCUUCAACAUUUAUCAGAAUUCAAAGGCGACCAUUCAAUUGAUAUAUAUUUGACAUCGCUCUUCUAUAUGCGAGAAGACAAAUGGCAAGUCGCUUCUGUAAUAUAGUUUUGCAAGCACCAGCCAACUCUUUGCGUUUUUGUAUCUCAACCAAGCCUACAAAACUCCAUUACUCUACUAUUUCUACGGCCAAGUCAAAUUGUUUCUCAUCUUCAAUUAACUUUGAGGGAUCCCAUAAAAGAUGUGUUGGGUCUAGUAUCUCCAAGCUGAAGAGCAGUUGCCACUCGUUAACACUUAAAACUGCAGUUAAUCCCAGAUAUACCUGGAAGGCGUGCUGUGAUAUUUCUCUUCGGUCCCAAAAUGUGAAUAUGAGGCUUUCCGUGCCCACUCAGUCAAAGAUUCCAAAAAACAAACGAAAACUUGGGCAUAUUUCUGGACAGAGACAUCAUACAUCUGCUGGCUUAUUUAUUGGCUUGUUGGUCUGCUACUCAGCCUCAGAACCGGUACAUGCGGAAUCAUCAGCAGAAAAUAGGGGAAAUAACUGUGCUUCCUCAACCACUGGCUAUUCACAUGGAAAGAAGGUCUAUACUGACUACUCCGUAAUUGGUAUACCUGGAGAUGGAAGAUGUUUAUUUCGUUCUGUUGCUCAUGGUGCUUGUUUAAGGUCAGGGAAGCCCCCUCCUGAUGAGAACCUACAGAGGCAAUUGGCGGAUGAAUUGCGGGCCAGUGUGGCAGAUGAAUUUAUAAAGAGACGAGAAGAGACAGAAUGGUUCAUCGAAGGUGAUUUUGACACAUAUGUUGCCCGGAUAAGGAAGUCUCAUGUGUGGGGAGGUGAACCAGAACUCUUGAUGGCUUCUCAUGUUCUCCAGAUGCCAAUUACUGUUUACAUGUAUGACCAAGACGCAUGUGGCCUGAUUUCUAUUGCUGAAUACGGGGAAGAAUAUGGCAAGGACAAUCCUAUUAAGGUUCUGUAUCACGGGUUCGGUCAUUAUGAUGCAUUGCACAUUCCUGGGAAGAAAGGUCCAAGAUCAAAACUUUAAACUGCAUUUUGAUUAUAAAAGGUUUAUCAUAGAGGAGAAGAGACAAUGCACAGGUGUUGCUGUUUAGAAUCUAACAAGUAACGUCGAAUAGUCAAGGAGAUGGCUUCUGAAUAUGUGCUCUCAAGGAGAUUCUUGGUUCUGCCCCUGAUGAAACAUGUAUCUUUACUAUCUAUCCUCUUCCCUGAUCUGUUAAGUUGAGUUCUAAAUUACGUACUUGUUUGAUAAUGAUUGCAAGAUAUUGUGCCCUUUUCUUUUUCUUUGGAUAGCAGUAAUUUGAGCUCUUGAUGUUGCUAAAUAUGGUUUUACCUUGUGUUUACGACUUACGAGACAGUUCAGACUGA